GCUGCACCGAAGCCAGCUCGAGAGAACAUUUCUGACUGCCGCGCAACACCUUCUCCGCCAGGUGCUGCCGAAUGCGUAAGAGUGAAGCCAAACCGCGAAGCAAUGACUCUAACCAGAAGAACAAGUCACCGCAAUCCGGAUGAGUUUCCCACCGUCCAGCUCUUCCUCCUAGCCAUCGUCCGUCUCGCGGAGCCCAUCGCGCUCACGUCCAUCUUCCCGUACGCCUGGGCCCUCGUCAAGCGCUUCGAGAUCGGCAGCGAAGAUGACGCCUCGUUCUACGCCGGCCUGCUCAUCUCGGCCUUCUCCCUGGCGGAGGCUCUGAUGGGCAUGUACUGGGGCGGCCUGUCCGACAGGGUCGGCCGCAAGCCCGUGCUCCUGCUGGGCUGCGUCGGCACCAUGUUCAGCAUGGUCAUGGUCGGCUUCGCCUCCAACAUCUGGGUCGCCCUGCUCGGCCGGGCCAUCGGCGGCCUGCUGAACGGCAACAUCGGCGUCAUCCAGACCAUGGUUGGCGAGCUCGUCACCAAGCCAGAGCACGAGCCUCGUGCAUACUCGAUUAUGCCCUUCGUUUGGAGCGUCGGCACCAUCAUCGGCCCCAUGAUAGGGGGUUUGUUUGCUGACCCCCACGAGACGUACCCCCACGUAUUCCCUAAGGGCUCGCUCUUCGAGCGGUUUCCCUACCUGCUGCCGAACCUCAUCUGCGCCGGCAUGCUGCUGAUGAGCAUCCUGCUCGGCUACUUCCUGCUGGAGGAGACGCACCCGGACAUGCAGCCGCGCGUGCUGCUGCCGGACGACACCUUCCAGUCGGAGAACACGCCGCUGAUCGAGACGUCGGACGCCAUGAAGCGCCCGGCCGUCGACCUCCGCGACGAGAACUACGGCACCAUGCGCUCGCGCGACCGCGCGCAUGCCGCAUCCGCCGCCGCCGAGGCCUGGGCCGCCAACGACGUCGAGAAACAACCGGCCAGCAUCUUCUGCAAGCGCAUCAUGGCCGUCAUCCUCUCGCUCUCCAUCUUCACCUACCACUCCAUGACCUUCGACCACCUGCUGCCCAUCUUCUUCGAGGACGACCGGGCGGCGCCCAACUCGCUCUCCAGCGCCGCCGCAUCCGCCCUGGUCGCCGCCGCCCGGCCCGGCAGCCCGUUCUACUCGCCCGGCGGGCUGGGCCUCUCGCUGCAGGCGGUCGGCAUGGUCAUGGCGGUGCAGGGCGCCAUCGCGCUGGUGAUGCAGGCGGUGGUGUUCCCGCUGACGGCCGAGCGGGUCGGCGUGUACCGGCUCUUCCUGCUCGUCACGGUGCUGCACCCGCUCGCCUACCUGGCCGUGCCGCCGCUGCUGUACGUGCCCGAGCGCUGGCUGUUCCCGGCCAUCUACGCGUGCCUGGUCGUGCGCAACUUCUUCUCCAUCCUGCUCUACCCGCUGCUGCUGAUCCUCAUCAAGGAGGCCACGCCCAGCUCCGCCGUCCUGGGCAGGGUCAACGGCCUGGCCGCGAGCGCCGGCGCCGCGUGCCGCAUGGUCGCGCCCCCCGUGGCCGGGUAUCUGUAUGCCGUGGGGAAGAAGAUGGACUGCACGGCGCUGGCCUGGUAUGCGAGCGCCCUGGUGGCGCUCGUCGGGUCCGUGCAGUGCUUUUCGGUGAAGAGGGGCCGCGAGGAUAGGGGCAAGCAGGUGGCCGACGUGGAGGCUGUGGAGGAGUGACGAUCAGCGCCGCUGGUGGUGCUGAUCUGUUGUUAAGGCUCGACGGUGCGGUGUGUUGGUGGGGUUUAGGAUUUCGAGAAUU